UUGAAACACUCAAAGGCAAUAGAAAGACAUCUAACAUGGAGACAGUAACACUAUCCUGGCUGUUCCACAUUGUCCAAUGACAGGACUUACUAACUUCCUAAUAGAGCUCCUCCUCUAAUCUAUUUCCACUGGACAGCCCUUUCCAUACUUUUGUUCUGUAUACUACAGACUUUGUCUGAUCCUGCAGACAAUGGGGAAUCAUCAAGUAUGUUCAUCAACUAAAAGGAAAAACACUUUGGGACUGUUAGGGUCCCCAAAGGCCCUAACAGUCCUUCACAAAUUGGUACUAAUGUCUAUCUACAGCUUUAGGUUUUGCUAUUCUCUCCUUUAUUCCAGCCACACACAAGGCAUUUGUAAAUGCUCUCUGCCUUCUUGGAAUGCUCUUCCCUUCUACACAUAACUAACUCCUACUCAUCUUUCAAUUUCCAGCUCACAGGCAUCUCAGCUAUGCAAGGGCCUUCAUGUAAUUCACCCACUCAGUGAAGAAGUCUUUUGUAUCAUUUCAGAUCACACCACCCAAAUUGCUGCCUUUUGGUGACAACCUCAUGACUAACAUACACAAUGUGACUGAAUUCAUUUUUCUGGGACUUUCUCCCAACCAGGAGGUGCAGAGGGUUUGCUUUUUGAUAUUUCUGUUCUUGUACACAGCAAUUGUGCUGGGGAAUUUCCUCAUUGUGCUCACUGUCACAACCAGCAGAAGCCUUGGUUCCCCCAUGUACUUCUUCCUCAGCUGCCUCUCCUUCGUGGAGAUCUGCUACUCUUCCACUACAGCCCCCAAGCUCAUCUUGGAUCUGCUGGCUGAAAGGAAAGCCAUGUCUUGGUGGGGCUGCAUGGCGCAGCUUUUCUUCUUGCACUUCUUUGGUGGCACUGAGAUUUUCCUGCUCACUGUGAUGGCCUAUGACCGCUAUGUGGCCAUCUGCAAGCCCCUCAGCUACGCCACCGUCAUGAACCGGCAGGUGUGUGCUGUCCUUGUAGGAACAGCAUGGGUGGGAGGCUUUGUGCAUUCAUUUGCCCAAAUCCUUCUCGUCUUCCACUUGCCCUUCUGUGGCCCCAAUGUGAUCAACCACUAUUUCUGUGACCUGCUUCCCCUUCUCAAACUUGCCUGCUUUGACACCUUCCUCAUUGGUCUGCUGAUUGUUGCCAAUGGAGGCACCCUGUCUGUGGUCAGUUUUGGGGUCCUCUUAGCAUCCUAUAUGGUCAUCUUGCUCCAUCUGAGAACCCAGAGCUCUGAGGGGCGGCGCAAAGCCCUCUCCACCUGUGGGUCCCAUGUCACCGUGGUUAUCUUGUUCUUUGGACCCUGCAUCUUCAUCUACCUGAGGCCCUCUACCACUCUGCCUAUAGACAAGGUGGUGGCUGUGUUCUACACAGUGAUAACCCCCUUCCUGAACCCUGUCAUCUACUCCCUGAGAAAUGCUGAAAUGAAGAAGGCCAUGAAGAGGCUGUGGAUUAGGACACUGAGACUAAAUGAGAAAUAGAGGCUGAGUCUUGUUAUCGAUACUUGGGUUUAGAAUGACUGUUGAGUCCAAACCGAAGGAGCAGA